AUGGCUUCCGACGCCCGAUACUAUGCCAACCCCGCCGAGGCGACUAAAUUUGCCCGCGACCUGCUCGUCAAGGCCGGUCUAAGCGAAAACGACGCCAAGUCCAUGGCGGAAUGCUUAGUUCUGGCUGACGUGCGCGGCGUCGACACUCACGGCCUGGCCCGUCUUCCUCAGUACCUCGACCGCGUCAGCAAAGGCCGCGUAAACGCAACGCCCAACAUGCAGAUCACGGAAAAGACCCCCGUGGUCGCGCAUCUCAACGGUGACAACGGAUUCGGAUUCGUCGUCGCUACAAAAGCCAUGCAGGACGCUAUCCGGCGCGCCGAGAUCUACGGCAUCGGCAUGGUGACCGUCAACCAUUCCAACCACUUCGGCAUGGCCGCCACCUACGUGCUGCAGGCGCUGUCCGCAAACAUGAUCUCGUUGGUAUUCACCAACUCGGCGAAGCAGAUGCCGCCGUUCGGCGGGCAGGAGACGCUAUUGGGGAUUUCGCCGUUCGCGGCCGGUGCGCCUUCCGGCUCUGAGGUCCCGUAUGUGCUGGACAUGGCGCCGUCGGUCGUGGCGAAGGGGAAGAUCCGCAAGGCGGCGCGCCGGGGGGAGCCGAUUCCGUUGGGCUGGGCGCUGGAUGCGAAUGGGAAUCCAACGACUGAUGCCGAGGUCGCGCUGAAUGGAAGUAUGGCGCCGAUUGGUGGGCCGAAGGGCUCGGGAAUUGCCAUCCUCAUGGAUGUGAUGUCGGGGGUUUUGACGGGGGCGGCGUUUGGUGGGGAGGUGGGAGAUCAGUAUAAGGAUGUGAAGCCGCAGAAUGUGGGCCAUUGUUUUGUCGUGUUGAAGCCGGAUGUUUUUAUGAGUACGGAGGACUUUAAGGCCAGGAUGGAUGUCUUGGUGCAAAGGGUUCAUGGGGUGAGUCCGGCGCCGGGGUUCUCGGAGGUACUAUUCCCUGGAGAACCGGAGUAUCGGUUGGGUAUACAGCGCCAGAAGGAGGGAAUUCCGUAUGCAGAUGCUGAAAAGUGCAUGUUUGCUGACGCGGCCAAACAGUAUGGGAUCGAUGAGUUGGUUUUGUCGGAUACGCCGCUUUCUAUUAAUUAG